AUGGUGGUGGUGAUGGUGGUGGUCGUGGUCCUCCGUGAUCUCUGCAGAGCUGCCCAUGUCAGCACCCAGAAGGUCAUGGAACUCCACGCUUUAAACUCACUCCAUGCGCUUGGCUGGGCCUGUUUCCUCAUCAAGAAGCUACGCGGCCCUCUUGCCGACAUUUCCCACAACUGCUCCAGGGGCCUGGUUCUCUCUCUGGGCUUCUACCUCCAUGACAUCUGGGUGCUGCGCGGCACCCUCCUCCGGAACCCUUCGAUGCUAGCACACCAGGCAACCAUGGCCUUGACCAUCUCUUCCAUCCUUCGCUCGAAGGGCGUCUCAUGGUUGGCCACUUUCUUGAUGAGCUCCUCCGUGCCCACGCUUCUGCAGGAACUGCUUCUGCUUUGCGGAACUCUCCGCCUCCCUCCGACCCGAUUGGAGGUAAGAGGCCUCCGUCUCCUUUGGUUUACAAGUUUUGUUGCUUGCAAGCUGGCAUUGGUACCCCUGUGGCUUUUGGGCAAGCUUAGCUAUCUUUUGAACCUCGCUUUGAAUUUCAACUUUAUAGCGCAUGCGGCUCGUGAUCUACCUCGCUUCCUCCGCCCUCAGGGCAUCAAAGUUCCCACGCGGACCGCCUACGCAGUGCCACUGGCUGGUGCCAAAGUGCAGGGCUCAAUGACCUUAUCCCCGCAAAUAUCGGCUGCAAUCUUCCGUGGCUUAGUGUCUCAGACGAAUCAGGGCGACUAUGCAAGUUUCGUUUUGACCUGUUGUGCUGCCCCCUGCCUUCAGGAGUGGCAAUCUCAUAAUGACAUAUAA